GAUCUUCAAGAUGGCUGGUUUCCUGUCGAGAUUUUUCGACAAGCUAAAAUCUUGGAUUGCGUGGUCCUGGACAUAUUUGUGGGCUGUAUGGUUUAUCCUGGUUAUGUUCGUUAUUUAUAUUCUUCGAGGACCACUGAAAUUAACAUCAAUGUUUUUGAACACACUCACCCCCAAGUUUUACGUGGCUUUGACGGGUACAUCAUCACUUAUAUCCGGCCUGAUACUUAUAUUUGAAUGGUGGUAUUUUAAGAAGUAUGGUACAUCAUUUAUAGAGCAAGUUUCAUUAAAUCAUAUUUCUCCGUUACUAUGUGGCAGUGACAAUGCACCAGAAACCACAAACCCUACAAAUACCACACAACAACAGACAAUACCAGACUGUAAGUUAUGGCGGAACCCACUGAAUUUAUUUCGAGGUUCAGAAUAUCAGAGAUUUCAGUGGGCAACUAAUAAAGAACCUCUAACAUAUUAUGAUAUGAAUUUAUCAGCUCAGGAUCAUCAGACGUUCUUUACCUGUGAAGCAGAUGCAGGGAAAGCUGAAUAUGAGAUUAUGCAGAUGGCGUGGAGAGAGCGGAAUCCUCAAGCUAGAAUAAAAGCAGCACAUGAAGCAUUAGAAAAAAAUCCUGAAUGUGUACCAGCUUUGAUAUUAUUAGCAGAAGAAGAAACAACUACUAUAUUAGAUAGUGAGAAAUUUUUAAAACAAGCAUAUAAAAUAGUUGAAGGAAAUUAUAAGAAAACUGUACCUAGUCAACAUAUGACACCACAACAAGAAUCUGUACACAGAAGAGAUAAUAAUUUAGUUGUAUAUAUAAAAAGAAGAUUAGCAAUGUGUGCUAGAAAACUUGGCAAAAUAAAAGAAACUAUUAAAAUGAUGAAAGAUUUAUUAAAAGAAUUUCCUAUGAUGAAUUUUAAUAUCCAUGAAAAUUUAAUAGAAUGUUUAUUAGAAGCCCAAUUAUACUCAGAAGUACAAACAUUAUUAGCUAAAUAUGAUGAUAUAAGUUUACCAAAAUCUGCUACUAUAUGUUAUACAGCAGCGUUAUUAAAAGCCAGAGCUGUGGCUGAUAAAUUUUCUCCUGAUAUAGCCAGUAAAAGAGGUUUAAGUACGGCUGAGAUGACUGCUGUAGAAGCUAUACAUAGAGCUGUAGAAUUUAAUCCACAUGUACCAAAGUACUUAUUAGAAAUGAAGAGUCUUAUAUUACCGCCAGAACAUGUAUUAAAACGAGGCGACAGUGAGGCCCUGGCAUAUGCAUUUUUUCAUAUUAAUCAUUGGAAGCGAGUGGAGGGUGCACUCAACUUAUUACACUGUACAUGGGAAGGAACAUUUAGAAUGAUUCCAUACCCAUUAGAGAAAGGUCAUUUGUUUUAUCCUUAUCCAACGUGUACAGAAGCUACUGAUAGAGAAUUAUUACCCACAUUUCAUGAAGUCUCUGUUUACCCAAAGAAAGAAUUACCAUUUUUCAUCUUAUUUACUGCUGGUCUGUGUUCAUUUACUGCUCUCCUUGCGUUAUUAACACAUCAAUAUCCUGAACCAAUGGGUGUUGUAGUCAGAACGAUGUUGAGUUGGUUAUAUCUACCACUGAGUUAUAUACUAGAGAAGUUAGAAGCCAUUUUACCUGCUAAUUUAUUACAUCAAUUAUCACGGAUAUAGACUUCAAAUUUAACAAUAUAUACAACAAUCAAAACAUACAAAUAUAAAAUCUGUCUUCAAGUUUCCCAAUGAUACAUUCAUUACCUGAUAUAAGUACAUUUUGACUAUUCCUUCCAUAUGGAUGGUGUAAAGUUCCGAACUGUUCCAAGGACAUAUUGAUCAAUCAGAUGUUAGUGUGCAAUCUUUAUAGAUAUCUGAUCCACGUGGUUAGUAAAACAGAAUGUCUUGUGGAUGCCUUGUAAAACAGACUUUUGGUAGUAUCCUUCCUUGGUUAGGGUUAUCGCAUUAUCGGAAUUUACGAUAGAUGAAUUUUCCGUACGCAAUUGACUUAUCCAACCAGACAGACAAUACAAGGUUCACACCCUCCUUGAAAAUCCUGGAAAAAUGAAAAUGUGAUUUCCAGUACUGGUAAAUCCUGAAAAAACAAGGUUACUCCUUGAAACUCAUGGAAAAUUAACAUUUAUUUUUUCGCUAUAUAUUUUAAGAUAUAAAACUGAACGUAGUCAUCGAAAUUCUCUUCAAAAGUUCAGGAGUUUGUCGCGGUAAAUGGACUCUUCUUCAGUGGAAUUCUCUACAGGGACUCCUGGAAUCUGGUAAAUAACUCCUGGAAAACUCCUGGAAUUUUAAAUGUUCUGAGUUGUGCACACCCUGCAAUAGACUCUCCCCAUAUUAAUACCACAAAAAGUGGCUUUUCUAUUGUGGAACCAUUGGAAUUCGACAAUGGUAACUAAGUUACUGGAGUAACUUCCCUUUGUUAAGAAGAGCAAUGGGGAAUCUUCACUAUACCCAACCGGGUAGACACUAGACUCUCCCCAUUUUAAUACUGCAAAAGGUGGCUUUUCUAUUGUGGAGCCAUUGGAAUUCGACAAUGGUAACUAAGUUACUGGAGUAACUUCCCUUUGUUAAGAAGCGACCUGGGUAACUCAAGACAUUUUAUUGUGAUGAACUCUUCAAUUAAUUGAUAGAUGAAAAUAUAAUAUUAUAAAUGAUAUUAUUUUCAUGUAUUCUGUUGAAUUUAAAACUUACGUCAAUGUUUUUAAAUGAAAGGAUUCAUGUUUUUUGAAGAUUUCUUUGAAAUAUAUAUUUUUAAUAUAUUGACACAUCGGCAUACAGGACAACAGGGGUUGGGGGUGGGGCUGCAAAUAUUUUGACCAUUAGCUAUUAUAGAUAUACUAAGUUCUCUAGUUUUGCCUCACAAAUGAUUAAUUUAAGUUUUCGGAAAAGAAAAAAAUAUUGGGGGGGGGGGGAACUGGAGCAUUCUCAUCCUAUUAUUGUAUCAUGAAUUCUAUUUGGGCGAACUGGAGCCAACCUGAUUAAAACACAGAAUCUAUUUCGUUUCAUUUUUUAUAGUUCAAAAUUUCGUUUUACUUGUCUUUCCUACACUAGGAUCGGGAAGGGUUGUUAUAUUACCAGCAUUUUGAUGAAAGUGAGGGAUUAGCGAGUUGUUGGCCUUUUGAUGCACGAAAUCACUAGAAACGUCAGCGCUGAUUGAUUAAUCAAUGUCUGACAUGAUAGGGUCAAAAGCCGCUCGUUUGACCCCUUAUGUUAACUCCAACUAUAACUUAUCAGAUCUUCAUGUAGUGUAGGCCAUCGAAAGUAUAAAAAUAAAACGGAAAUGAAAUAUAGAUCUGUAUUAUAAUCAGUUUGAUCUGGAGCAUGCUCAUCCUAUUAUUAUAUCAGGAAUUCUAUAUAACGAGCUUUACAUGACAUUGUUAAAUAAUAAAACUAUGUUACAGAUUUUAUAUAUAUUUGAUAAAUCUUUGUUGUUCAGAUAAAAUACAUUGUUUAAAACCUAAAUCAUGAUACAAUAUAUUAUUUUCUUAUCAUAUACCUGAUGCACAUUAGUAAUUCCAAACCUGGUGUCCGUGCUCCUAAUAUGGGUUCCUCUGAUAUUUGUAAACUAACAUACAAAAAUAAUCACAAAAGUAAAAAGAUUUUUUUAAGUGCAGUUCAGACAGAAAAAUUUCAGAUGUGUUCUGUGAUGUAAAGAUUCUAAUUAUGUACUUUUUUAUUAGAGAGUAUGUCUCUGAACAUCAUUUGAAGGAUUUUUAAUCCCUUGUCGACUUCAAUAUUGUGAAUAUUCUCUAAGCAGGAACGUCAGUCGAAAAAUGGUUCAGCUCUGUUCAGUAUUCAUAAAGAUCUGGCACAGAAUUUAGAAUUUAUUCAAAAUUGUUCGCCUUAUUUUAACUAAAUUAUUACCUUUUAUAAAACUUUUGUUGUUUUAAUGUAUCAAAUACAUCAAUAAAAAACGUUUUGUGUUUCUGGAUCAAAGAUAUUUCUCAUAAACAGUGAAUGAAAGCUGAGUAAAUUCUAAACUUAAGUCUGAGAAUGCCUUUGUGAACUCGGGGCCAGAUGAAUUGAAAAUUUCCGAACAUUUGCAUUCUCUACUGACGAUAUAAAGAAGCCCACUCUACAUAAUCUUUUGAUGGAUCUCUUCUUAAUCUGAUUGAAUCCAAGCAGAGGAAUUAUCUGGCGUUGAUAUUUUGUUUUGUUUUUUUUAAACAAAAUAUUAAAUAAUUAAUUUGUAUGCAUUUUACGGUGAAUUAGAUAUUGGUCGAAAAAAUGCAAAAGACGAUCAACUUUCAGUUUCCUCAAAGAAAUACUUCUCUUGAUUUGAAGCAUUUCUAUUUUUACAAUUUUCUGUGUUCAGAUUCUUAAAAUGGUUGGAAGAUUUAUGAGUAAUGAAGUUUUAAGCCUUUUUUAGAUAUAAUUUACACACUUUAUUAUUGAGAAUUAUAAUAAAACAAAUGUAUAUUUGAAAAAAACAUUUAACAUAUCAGAUCUUCUCACUGUUGUCCGAUUGGGUGGUGGGGAUCCGGACGAUGAUACCAGAUGUCAGUUAUUUCUUGAAAUCAAAGAAAUAGCUGCAGUGUUGGUACACUUAAUCAACAAAGCUUUUGAAAAUCAUGCUGAAAAAAUUAACUGAUUUAUUUUGUGUUGUGUUAAAGAUGCAUUAUGUAAGAUUUAGAUAAAUAGCUGGCCGUUUUUUUUGCUAUAAUAGUUCAAUAAUAGAUAAUGGAAAAUUAAUAUAUUGGAAAUUUCAUUCAAAUUAUAUUAUUCUGAAGAAAUUAUGUUUUUGAAAUUUUAACAAGGUGUAGCAUGGAUUGUUUUUUAUCGUACCAACGGCACUUGACAAUCGAGACCAAGUCUCAAAUCACUAUUUUUAAAUUAAAUUAUUAAAUGGCCAUCAUGUUUCAAUCCAUUAAAAAUCACGACCAUCCAAUGGUGUAGAGAGUUGAUUAUGAGAUUGUCAUAUGAAUAAACGCCAAAUUAAUAAUUCAUAUAACAUUUGAGGCCAAAAGAAAUGAAAUGAAAUGGGGUUUAACAUCCUACUGUUCUGCUCCGAACUGGGCUAAUUAAGACGGAAGCGGCCAAAAGAAAGGCCUGCAAAAGGCAGAUUUAGCUCUUUCAUUAUGUAUCUUUUAACAAAGAUUUAGAAAAUCAUGUUAAGAAAUGUGCUGAUUUAUUUUGUGUUAUGUUAAGAUUUAAAGAGAACUAGUCUUUGUUUGUAAAUUUGAUGCCUCUGAAUGUUUUUACUUGUCAGAAUCUGAGAGUUUCAAGUGUUGUUAUGUUGAAUAAAAACCCAAAGAAGAAAA